AUGAUUACUUAAAUAGAAACCGAUCAGAAAAAGUGUGACAACUCCGAAAGAAAUGCUAUGCCAAAUCAAAUACGGGGUACCAUUUUAUUGAUAUGGUAUAGAGUUCCGAAUUCAAACAGGUGUAAAUGCAGCAGUGAAGAAAUUCAAAAGAAAUUAUCCAAGAAUUUAAUCCCCGACGACCAGAUGUUGCUGACUCAGCAGCAGCUCCGCCACUUCUCCGCCCCAAAUACCCUUCUCCGUCCACUUUCUCCUUUCCCAUUCUCGCAUUCCUUCAAUUUUCCCUCAAGGCCCUCCAAGCAUUGCAGCCGCUGCUCCACCCGCAAAAUAUGGAUUGCCCAGCUAUCUGAAGAACCCACCACCGCAACCUCCACCACCACCUCGCCUCCGGAGGAGGGCCCCAUCGAGCUCCCACCCUCAACUUCCUCACUAUUCGCUACCGACGACAACCCCACACCUCUCCAAACUGCCACCAGCGUUCUCCUCACCGGUGCCAUUACCGUUUUCCUCUUCCGCUCCAUCCGCCGCCGCGCCAAGCGUGCCAAAGAGACGAAAUUUAGAUCAUCUGGUGAAAAGAAAUCGCUAACUGAGGAGGCCUUGGAGAGCUUGAAAUCAGUUACUCUGUCGCCAGCUGAUCGCAAGUCUCCGCCUUCUCCUGUUCAGGCGUUUUUGGGAGCAGUAGCAGCUGGCGUGCUUGCACUCAUUCUGUACAAAUUUACAACUACAAUUGAAGCUUCUCUCAACCGCCAAACAAUUCCAGAUAAUUAUUCAGUUCGACAGAUAACCAUAACCAUAAGGACAAUCAUCAAUGGGUUGUGUUACCUUGCUACAUUUGUCUUUGGUAUCAAUUCUCUAGGUUUGCUGCUUUACUCUGGCCAGCUUGCCUUUAACUCCUUCAUGGAAGAUUCCGAUAAUGAGGGUGAAGCACCAUCAAGAUCGUCGGAUUCAAAACCAGAUGACGACUCUGGAGUAACAGGUGCCACUAAGGAUCAAAGUUCCGAUGAUACGCAGUAAUGGACAUGGAGAUUGGAUGGCAGGUGACCAUCUCCUAGAACAUGAGAACUCUUUGUGUCGUGAUACGGUAUUAUACUAAUUGAAAAGGUCAACAUUGGUACUAUGUGGACAGGUUUGUUUCUUCUAUUUGUAUAUGAAAAGUCAUAUAGCCUUCACAUUACAGAAGAAUCACCAACUCCCUUCUUUUAGAAUUACAAACUUCUCUAUUAUUUAUAUGACAUUUUUUGUAUUUUUAUUGUCA